AUGACCAUUUAUUUGGAGAAGCUGCUUGUUCUUUUCGACAACAUGUUCGAUGAAAGAAUGGAAUCAAGAAAAUCCAAGGAUUCUACAGCGUCAAAUGAUGUUUUGGACACUCCUAUUAAUAUUGUAGAAGACGGUCUCAAGGAGGUUAAUAGAACUCAAGUCAUACAUUUGCUUUUGGUUUUAUUCGUCGCUGGAACUGAUGCAACAUCAAACACAAUAGAAUGGGCAAUGACAGAAUUGCUUCGAAACCCGCAGGUUUUAUUUACAGCCAAAAAGGAAUUGAAGCAAACAUUCGGAAAAGGAAAUCCGAUCGAGGAAUCCGACAUAGAUCAUUUGCCAUAUUUGCAAGCAAUCAUCAAAGAAGUCUUUCGGAUGUACCCUCCUGCCCCAUUGUUAGUUCCGCGCAGAGCCGAAUCUGAUGCUGACAUUAGUGGUUUCAAAGUUCCGAUGGAUUCACAAUUGCUUGUUAACGUAUGGGCCAUCGGUAGAGAUCCAAGGAUUUGGGAGAACCCGAAUAGUUUCAUACCGAGAGAUAUUUUGGGUCUAAAAUCGAUGUCAAAGGUACAAAUUUAGAUUCAUUCCAUUCGGUGCUGGACAACGAAUAUGUCCAGGAUUACCUUUAGCAAAUCGAAUGUUGCGUUUGAUAUUGGGGUCUCUUCUAAACUGCUUUGAUUGGAAACUUGAAGGUGAGAUAUCGCCAAAUGAAUUAAACAUAAACGAGAAGUUUGGGCUAACACUUAAAAAGGCUAAACCUUUGCAAGCAAUCUCAGUUCUUGCCUAAAAAUAUUCUUAAGUGUGUAAUGCAUUUGUU